UCCGGGAGAGGUCUGAAAGCCAGGAAGUAAACAUUGAGCGACUGGCUUCGUUUCUGUCGGAUGGUCUUGGAGUCAGCUGUGGUGGACAGGAGGAGGUUGGGUAACCAUGGCUGCAGCUGUGGAUACAGUUAAUGCUGCACCCCUGUCGGGGUCCAAAGAAAUGAGUUUGGAGGAACCAAAGAAGAUGACCAGAGAGGACUGGAGAAAGAAGAAGGAGCUAGAAGAACAGCGAAAAUUGGGCAAUGCUCCAGCAGAAGUUGAUGAAGAAGGAAAAGACAUCAACCCUCAUAUUCCUCAGUAUAUUUCUUCAGUGCCAUGGUAUAUUGAUCCAUCGAAAAGACCUACGUUAAAGCAUCAGAGACCACAGCCAGAGAAACAAAAGCAGUUCAGCUCUUCUGGAGAAUGGUAUAAGAGGGGUGUAAAAGAGAAUUGUAUAAUUACCAAGUACCGCAAAGGAGCCUGUGAAAAUUGUGGGGCCAUGACACACAAAAAGAAAGACUGCUUUGAGAGACCUAGGCGAGUUGGUGCCAAAUUUACAGGUACUAAUAUAGCUCCAGAUGAACAUGUCCAGCCUCAACUGAUGUUUGACUAUGAUGGGAAGAGGGAUCGGUGGAAUGGCUACAAUCCAGAAGAACACAUGAAAAUUGUAGAAGAAUAUGCCAAAGUUGAUCUGGCAAAACGAACAUUGAAAGCCCAGAAACUCCAAGAAGAAUUAGCUUCAGGAAAAUUAGUGGAACAGGCUAAUUCUCCAAAACACCAGUGGGGAGAAGAGGAACCAAAUUCUCAGAUGGAAAAAGAUCAUAAUAGUGAAGACGAGGAUGAAGAUAAAUAUGCAGAUGAUAUUGACAUGCCUGGACAGAAUUUUGACUCUAAGAGAAGAAUUACUGUCCGGAAUCUCAGGAUUCGGGAAGAUAUUGCAAAAUAUUUGAGGAACUUAGAUCCAAAUUCUGCCUACUAUGAUCCAAAAACUAGAGCAAUGAGAGAGAAUCCUUAUGCCAAUGCAGGAAAGAAUCCAGAUGAAGUGAGUUAUGCAGGAGAUAACUUCGUUAGAUAUACAGGAGAUACCAUUUCAAUGGCUCAGACACAAUUGUUUGCUUGGGAAGCCUAUGACAAGGGAUCUGAAGUGCAUCUGCAGGCAGAUCCUACAAAACUAGAGCUUUUGUAUAAGUCCUUCAAAGUCAAAAAAGAAGAUUUCAAAGAACAGCAGAAAGAAAGCAUCCUAGAAAAGUAUGGUGGCCAAGAACACUUGGAUGCCCCUCCAGCUGAAUUGCUUUUAGCCCAAACUGAAGACUAUGUGGAGUACUCAAGACAUGGAACAGUCAUCAAAGGACAGGAGCGGGCUGUUGCCUGCUCUAAGUAUGAGGAGGAUGUGAAGAUCCACAAUCACACACAUAUCUGGGGAUCUUACUGGAAAGAUGGCCGAUGGGGAUACAAAUGCUGUCACUCUUUUGUCAAGUAUUCCUAUUGUACUGGAGAAGCUGGGAAGGAGAUUGUUAAUUCAGAGGAAUGUGUUAUAAAUGAUGUGACUGGAGAAGAAUCUGUGAAGAAACCACAAACCCUCAUGGAAAUGCAUCAGGAAAAACUAAAAGAGGAGAGAAAGAAGAAGAAAAAGAAGAAGAAGAAGCACCGAAAGAGCAGUUCAGAUAGUGAUGAUGAAGAAAAGAAACAUGACAAAUUGAAAAAGGCACUGAAUGCAGAGGAGGCCCGCCUUCUUCAUGUCAAGGAGAUCAUGCAGAUUGAUGAGAGGAAGCGGCCUUACAAUAUCAUAUAUGAAACUCGGGAACCCACUGAAGAGGAAAUGGAGGCCUAUAGAAUGAAACGUCAGAGGCCAGAUGACCCCAUGGCCUCUUUCCUUGGACAGUAGUAACUAACCGUAAAAGAUCAUCUAAGAUAGACACAACUAAUAUGUUCUUUUCAGCUUCUUGCUGAUGAUUGUAGAUAGAAAAAUCCUGUAUAGUCGUCUUGCUGCCUGACUUUAAUAAAGCUUUCAGAAGGCUCAAAGUAAAUUCAUUCCUUUCCACACUGAAGAAACAAAACAAAGAAGAAAAACAAAGAGGAGAUACAUUAAGUGUGGAUUAAGAUUUUAAUUUCAGUUUUAUACUGGUGAUGUGGAAAGAGGCCUUGGCUCUCUACCUGUCAAGAGUUUCUUCUACUCAACAGUUAUUAAAUCUCAAACUUUAUUUUCACAAUUUUUAUGGCCCUUUAUUUAGUGUUAGUACACAUUUUGAAGGUAAAUUAAUUAUUCUUUCUCGAAACCAGAGCCUUAUUUUUAAAAAACUUCUGGUAACUCUAUAAUUGCAGUUAUUUUAUAAUCAAUUGUGUUUGCCUUCUAUGGUUUUCCUGGACUUAAGUUAAAAAAAAUUAUUUCAGUGGCUUUGGGUCACUGAAAGGAAAUCUAUAGAAAAUGUAAAGAAUCUCCCCCACAUGUCAAUCUGUGUAGUAAUAAAUCUGUUUUUCAUUUAUUUAUUCAAUUUGGUGUUUAAUACAUUCCUUGUACCUUACAUCCAGAAGUAAUGUGUUAGCCUUUGAAUGGAAAAACAACUGUUUUUUCAUUCUUGAAUCAGUAUUGACUGAUCAGUACUAGGUCUUUUACCAUUCUGGACAUGAGCCUUUAGACAUAGAAACCCUUUAUCAUAGAGGAUAUGAUUUGUGAUAUUAUUUGUUGGUUUAAUUGCCUUUAUGUAGCAAUCAUGAAUAUUAAAUUAGAUUUUUAAAAGACUAUAGAGUAUCUGGCAUACCUAAUCUUCAUAGCAGCAAGUGUCACUUUGUAAAACAUGUUGAGCACAAAACCUGAAGUUGCAGGUUUCUUUACAGAGUUAUAGUGGUUGUAGGGUUAUUGGUAACUGAGAUUGUCAUGAUCCUCAAGCCUCUUCUAAGAAAGCUGUGAAGAGAAUACUGACAGCAAGAUCAGUGAAUACAGGCGGUUAACCCCUGACAUGAGUACGCAGACUUUUAAUGGCUUUCUCAGAGGUAGUGGUGAUAGGAGAGUAACUCAGUCAACUUAUCAAAUACUGUGGAUAUACUUGGUGUCUAGAUUCAGACUAGUAUGAAAUUAAAACAGCAAUGCAAGUAGAUCUAAUUCUUACCUGCUUUAAGAAUAUCAAAAAUUUGUUUUCAUAUUCCUUAACAUAGGAUGGUUCAACAUAAUA